UCAUUAGGGCUAGUAAUAAAGAUAAUUUUUAUUUUGUGCCACUGAGCUUUAUCCAGGACAUCAUGGACUAGGAUUAUAUUGGUAUGUUUCAUGAAUUGAUAAAAGCUAGAUUACUCUCUCUAAGGCUUAAAACAAAUUGUAUAUUGUAAAUUAAUAUUCAAACAUAUAUAUUACCAUAAAAGGGAGAGCAUUAUGACUAAGUCAAAUGUAAAUAAUUGAAUUUACCUUAUUUUUUAUAGUUUGUUUUUUAAUAAGGAAAAUUAGCUAAUGCAGCAGACCAUUUCUUAAAGCGGUUUACUUGGUUUUCAUUGGCAGCCUAUAUCCAAGCAUCUCUGGAUAUUGCUUACCACCUUGCGGGUGUUCUAGGACAGACUCAAGGACAGAAGAACGCAGAGUGCCGUAAGGAAGAUUGGAUAAUCAAGAUAUGACUAAUCAAGAUUCUGCUGUAGAUGUGAAAAUGAUGCCAGAAUUUCAGAAGAGUUCAGUUCGCAUCAAGAACCCUACAAGAGUAGAAGAAAUUAUCUGCGGUCUUAUCAAAGGAGGAGCUAUCAAACUUCAGAUAAUAACAGACUUUGAUAUGACACUGAGUAGAUUUUCCUACAAAGGGAAAAGAUGUCCCACAUGUCACAAUAUCAUUGACAACUGUAAGCUGGUUUCAGAUGAAUGUCGAAAAAAGUUACUGGAACUAAAGGAAAAAUAUUAUGCUAUUGAAACUGAUCCUUUUCUUACGGUAGAAGAGAAGAAACCUUAUAUGAUAGAAUGGUACACUAAAUCACAUCGUUUGCUUGUCGAACAGGCUUUACCAAAAGCUAAACUUAAAGAAAUUGUGGCAGAAUCUGACGUUAUGCUCAAGGAAGGAUAUGAGAACUUCUUUGACAAACUCCAGCAGCACAGCAUCCCCAUGUUCAUAUUUUCGGCUGGGAUUGGAGAUAUUCUAGAGGAGGUCAUCCGUCAAGCUGGCGUUUAUUAUCCAAAUGUCAAAGUCGUGUCCAACUUCAUGGAGUUUGACGACAAUGGGGUGCUCAAAGGAUUUAAAGGAGACCUAAUUCAUGUAUUUAACAAACAUGACGGUGCCUUGAAGAACACAGAGUAUUUCGAUCAACUAAAAGACAACAGCAACAUAAUUCUGCUGGGAGACUCCCAGGGAGACUUACGAAUGGCAGAUGGAGUAGCCAAUGUUGAACACAUUCUGAAAAUUGGAUAUCUAAAUGAUAGAGUGGAUGAGCUUUUAGACAAGUACAUGGACUCUUAUGAUAUUGUUCUAGUAAAGGAGGAAUCCUUGGAGGUGGCCAACUCCAUCUUACAGAAGAUUCUGUAUAAAUGAGCAUUCUUCCAGAAGACGAGACAUCUCCCGUGGGUGCAGCUGAUGCAAGAACUGCUCAUGUGUUCAUCUCACGGAGACUUUUAUUUAUAACAUAUCCUUGCUCAGACAUGUUGAAUCCAUCGACCAGAAGGUCCAUCUUCUCCACCUCUCUCAACACACUCCUCUCCAUAUUUUUUAAUAAAAAAAAAAAUCUUAAAGUCAAAAUUUGAAAACUAACUGCCUACAUUUCCAGAGUGAAUUCUGUAGUUUAAUAUUAUGGAGUUUUUGAGGAGUCUUUUUACAUGUGUGUGAUGUUCAGUAUUGACAUUUUUGUAAUUUGAGUGAAUUAUGCCGAUGGUAUCACCAUCUCCCG